AUGUCUCGUAUACGUAUUAUUAAAUGUAGGUUUCAUCGAGAUCUUCAUAAAUUUGCAUCAGCCUCUUUUCAAAAUUCUACAUUGGUUAAUGCCACCAUUCAAAAUUCAUCAUUUGAUGAAGUUCAUUUUGCUGAAACUAAUUUAAGUGGAGCAUCGAUAUCUGUGUCGAAUUUUACGUAUUUAUUUAUGAUAAAUGUUGACUUGAUGGGUGCAACAUUAGAGAUGUGCAAUUUUACUGGUGCCAAUCUUGCUGGUUGCAAAAUGACUGAUGCCAACAUCUACUUGUCUUACUUUGUCAAAACCAAUUUGACUGGAUGUCAUGGCAUAACGGAUGCACAAUUAGCUCAAGCGACAAGCAUUGCUGGUGCAAUUUUGCCGAAUGGAACACAGGUACCAUAA